AUGGGAGAUGCAGAUACACUCGAAUUAAAUGUAUAUCCGUCUCCAGCUGACGAAAACAGGUCUGAAGGUCUAUGUGGUACGGUUGGAAUUGGGGCAUUAAGAACGCCAGCCAAGGAGAAAUCAGCUGUAUCUAUAGACACAUUUACAUCCUCUUGGUUAGUUCCUGACGAGGACAACAUGCUCAAAAUGGAUAUUAAACAGUUGCAAUCCUUUCCAAGGACAAAGAAUUCUAGAGAUCUUUGUAUUUGUAAGCCAACAAAAAAAAGCGUCAAAGGUGAUAUUAUUGAUACCCUUACGUGCACAAAUGAAGACAAAGAAUUAAUAACAUGUGAGAAGGACAAUCGAAAACCAGUACAAAAGGAUAUUUGUUAUGAAAGACACAGCAGAAGGAAACGGUCUAUAGAUCGCUUAUUUACGUAUAUACCAAACAAUUAUGUUCACCCCAAAAGGAAACGAACAAAGAGAGCAGUUACUGUUGCAAUGACUGAACCUGAAGCAAGGUUAUGGUGCGAGAAUUACUUGAAUAAUUCCCCUGGAUUUGUAGCAUGCAAAAGUGUACCUAACAUGAACACUAAACAAUCAGUGGAAAUUUGUGUUUUGGAUAUUCUGGCUACGAAUUCAACAUUAUUUGCUAGCGCACCACGAGAAAGUCUGAAGACAUCUUGUUUAAAGGAACUCGAUCAAAAUGAAACUCUUAGAAACACUUCUGAAAAUGGAGAAAAUCUCGCAGAAAAGAUUUUCUCCUUAGCGUGUCCAAAUGAUUGCAGCGACAAUGGUAUUUGUAGAAAUGGUACCUGUAAUUGCAGUGAAGGAUUUGGAGCCGGAGAUUGUUCCAUCAAUCUUAAUGAUCCACCGGUGGUGUUUGCCGUCAACUACGAAACCGGAGGACUAUGUGAUAAGUUAUUUUGCAAAGUUGCUGUAGUUGAGGGAGAUCAGUUUUUAAAUAGACCGGAACUGACAUGCAAAAUGAAACGUUUUGAGAUGAAUAUGAAUGGCACAGCCUGGGAGUUAGAAACAACAUUAAUUCCUGGAGAUCACAACACAAUCGGUGAUAUUCGAUGUAAAUUUCCUCACUCUAUUUCCAAAAGAUCGGUUUCAAAGACAGCUUUCGUCACUGGAUACCACGUGUCUGUCAGUAACAACAAAAGAAAUUUCAGCGAUGUCCACCCAAUAUAUAUCUUGGAUUCCACUUGUCAAGACACUGUUAACGUUUCUGGUCAACUUCGGUUUGCUUUGAAGGCGGGGUUCUGUUUCAUUCAUGGUUCAUGCUUAGCGGAUGGAUUUCAAAAGGGAUGUUACGAAUGUGAUGUUCUUCGAAACACAUUUGAAUGGUCAUUUCGAGGAGAUGUGAAAGGCUGUAAAGUGGAGGAAGAGAAAUCAGAUUCGAAGCUGUGGAUUAUUGCAAUAUUUUUUGCCGUUUCUCUCCUAGUUGCUAUAACUUUACUGUUUCUUUAUGUAAAAAAGAAGAAGCAGAG